UGGGUGCCAACAAUGUUGUGUAAUCCAAAGGCACACACACACUCAAGGAAAUAUGUUUCCACCUGUUCAGCGAUUUGUUUUAUCGGUGUGAAACAGCAGCUGUUCAGUAAUUUAUUAAUCUUCGGAAUAUAAAUAUGAGAGAGAGACAUCAGGGACAUUAGAGCAUCCAGACACACUGACAUCAGGAUUUUCAUCAGCUCACUUCAGCAGAAAUCUGACCAUGAAGCUGGUAUCCGUCAUCCUCCUCCUCCUGGCUCCACUGUUGACCAGCUGCCAGAACCUCGUCCUCCCAGUGGACUGCAGUGACAUCUAUCACCAAGACAAGAGCCGACCCAGUGGAGUGUACACCAUCUACCCUAUCGGAUCCACGUCUGCUGUCCAGGUGUACUGUGACAUGGACUCACAACAAGGACGGUGGACGGUGUUCCAGAGAAGGAUGGACGGCUCGGUGAACUUCUACAGGCCCUGGGAUCAAUACAGGACAGACUUUGGUAGCGCUGCUGGAGAGUAUUGGCUCGGUCUUGAGAAUCUCUUCCACCUGACUCUGAGGAAACAGUACGAGCUGCUGGUGGACAUGGAGGACUUCAGUGGAAACAAAGCGUUCACUCGUUACUCCUCGUUCUCCAUCGAACCAGAGUCCAAUGGAUACAGACUGCAUGUAUCUGGGUUCAUUGAUGAAGGGGCAGGAGACAGCCUGAGUUAUCACAAUGGAGAGAAGUUCACCACCUUCGACAAAGACCAGGAUACCUGGGAUGGGGGGAACUGUGCCAGAAAACACCUUGGGGCAUUUUGGUACAGAAAUUGUGUUUCUGCAAACCCAAACGGGGUUUAUCGUUGGGGGGCUGACAAGACUCUCUUUGCUGUUGGAGUGGAGUGGCGCCAUUGGAAGGGUAAUGACUACUCUCUGAAGACCAUCAGCAUGAAGAUCCGUCCUGUGCAGUAAAUCUCCAGGACCAACGUACAGCAGAAUAUCGGCAGAUGAUUUGUUUCUCUUUCUCUCUCGCUUAUC